AUGGCGCAACCACAGCACAUCAACGCCAUGAAACAAGAUUUUAGCAGCCUCCUCAACCUCGGCGCAUCAAGCCCUAUCGCCGUGCUCGGACUGGCCGCCAUCGUCCUGUUCAGCGUGUAUCGCGCUCUCUGGUCGCGCAACGCGGGUAAUCCACCGCUCCCGCCCGGCCCGCCUGCGGAGCCCGUGUUGGGACACUACCGGAUCGUUCCACAAGAUGCCGCCUUCCGGCGAUAUGCGGAUUGGGCGAAGGAAUAUGACACCGACGUCCUCUUCUUCCACUCGUUUGGCACCAAAUGGGUUGUUCUCAACACCCUCGCUGCGGCGACUGAGCUGCUUGACAAGCGCGGGUCCAACUAUGCAGACCGGCCUCGGUUUGUCAUGUUUGAGGAAAUGGGCUGGUCCCCAACCCUCACCUGGCUCCGCUGGGGUCCCAAAUACCAACUCCACCGCAAGGUCCUCCAACCCCCUUUUGUCAAGUCCAAAGUUGCGCAGUACACGGCACUACAGCGCCGGGAAGCACUACGGUUCUGUCUGGGGGCGAUCGACCACCCGGAGGACUGGUUGACGGCGGUCCGGCGGUUCUCGGUGUCUAUCGUGCUCAAGAUUGCGUACGGGAUUGAGGUGGAAGGUCGUGAUAGUCCGUGGAUUAAGCUCGCGGGGGAUACCGCCCAUGCAGUGGGCAAGUCGGGGGCGCCGGCGAGUUCGAUUAUGGAUCGGAUUCCUGCGACUCGAUAUCUGCCGGACUGGCUUCCGUUUAUGGAACGGCUGCGGUAUGCCCAUACGUGGCGGCCGACGAUUCAGAAUCUUACUGGGUUGCCUUUUGAGGCGACGCUGAAGACUAGGGCCGCUGGGACGGAAAACAACUCCUUUGUGCACACCCGAAUGGGACACUGGGACGCCAACAAGGCCAAAGGCCAAGUCAAUGACUUUAGCCUCGAAGAUAUCAAAGGCGCAGCCGCCACGAUUGUCAUCGCGGGUAACGAUACUACCGCAGCAAGCCUCAUGCUCCUAGUCCUCUACCUCAUGCAAAACCCAUCGGUCCAACACAAAGCCCAAGCCGAGCUCGACUCCCUCCUCAACAACAAAGAAGAAAACCGCCUGCCAACAUGGUCCGACCUACCCAACCUCCCCUACACCAACCUCAUCCUGCAGGAAACCUACCGCAUGAACCCGCUGUCACCGCUGGGCAUUCCGCACGCUAGUGUCGCCGACGACGUGUACAACGGCAUGUUCAUCCCUAAGGGCACGAUUGUGUACCCGAAUGUGUGGGCGAUGUGUCAUGAUGAGAGGGUAUAUGAGCGGCCGGGGCGGUUUUGGCCGGAGAGGUAUCUGCCUGAGGAGGAGGGGGGGAAUGGGGAGCCGUUUCCGGUGGGGAAUUUUGGGUUUGGGAGGCGGAUUUGCAUCGGCCGGGCACUGGCAGAAAACAGCCUGCUGAUCGUCCUGGCCACGAUGAUUUCGACACUGCGAAUCGAGUGGCCCCUGGAUGAGGAGGGCAAACGCACGCCGUUUGAGCCGGAGUGGUCGUUCAGGGGGCAGGCGAUUGUCAUGCCGUUCAAGACCUCGAUCACGGCCCGGACGACCACCGCGAGGAGUCUGCUGGCUGCGGAAUUGGAAGCGCUUGAGCGUCAUACUGAGGAGUAA